UAAAAAAAUUUCUCCCCGGCAGGUACAAGAAGUGGAAAUAACACGCGAGUGUAGAAAUCCCUGUAAUCUCUAUUCAUUGAGAAAUAAAAGUAAAUACAAACUUUCUUUAUGGUAUCAACUUCUCACAGAAACACAACAAUCAACUUACUACAAUUGAGGAAAUUAAUUUAAAAUUUAUUAUGAAGAGAACAGCUAGAAAAGAAAAUUUGGCUUAACUCAACAUUUGUGGCGAGUGAGGGAGUCACUUGACACUUAGUUCUAACAGGUUGUGUAGAUCACUUCAUACAUACGGAAAUGGAAAUUUCCUAUUUAAAAAAACAAAAAAGAUUGACCAAUGCUAAAGUAAAGUCGCAAAGAGCUUUAACAUUAUAAAAGAAUCGCCCAAAAUUGCUUCCCCAGGAAUAGGAAAAUGUGCAGAAAUAGUUCUUCGCCAUUGCACGCUUCACUCAGAAAUCACAAGACUUACCUAACACAUUGUCUGAAAUGUUCACCAUCUACCAGAUCAUCAUUUAUGUAAUCCAACAUUUCCCAUCGACAACCCAAGAAAAGAGGAAGUUAAAAUUCAGAAUCUCACUGGAACAUAUACGUAAAAUCUCAAACUGUCAAACACAUGCCAACAACGGAAAAUCGGAACAGAAGAACUUCAAAUGACAAACCUUGCGGCCAAGCUUCAUGAAUUCCAUGGCUAGGAACACUCCUUUCUCCUUUAGCACCAUACAUACAAGCCUGCAACUGCAACCAUCCCAACAUGCCAAGCUGUUCACCACCUUCUCAUACUUUUUCCGUACCCACCAACCAGUUCCCUAUCUUUUUCUUAGAUUGAACAAUGAUACUCGAGAAUAUCCAUCAUGGGCAUUUCAGCCCUUUUCUGCUGAAACCCCAUUAUCCCCACUAGAGAGCAGUAAAUUAAAGUAACCAGCAUCAGGGUAAACAAAAACAACAAAAGUGCAAGUGAAGUAGUAAUAUUUACUCACGAACGCAUGUGAAACACAGUAAAACGUUAAUGGUUAGUCAACGAGAUCAAAAAGUGAACGAUUCUCGGAUUUCAAAAACAAACAGAAAGAUAAAGUAAAAUAAAAAGAGAGAGAGAGAGAUAUUUAUGAUUGUUUUUGGUAGAUUUUGAAGAGUAAAGUGCGCCCACACAUGGCAGCUGUCUCCAGCACAUUUUUUCCCUCCCAAUCAAAUGCAUUUUUUUUUUUCUCUUUUCCACUAUUCUCCUCAUUCUACUCACUCACUCACCUCACUCACUCACUCUACAAUUACAUUAUAUAUAUCUCCACCAGCUACCACCGUUUCAACUCAAUAAAAAUCACACACCAUUCCUCAAACCCUUCUUAUUACACAGCACCAUGUCACCGCUACUACCCAAGUUCCUUCUUCUUUUGUCUUUGAUUCAAUUAUGCUUAGGAAAUGAACAAGAAGCAGAGUUCCAAACUCUGAACACCAAGUUCAAUCCCAGGGUCCCACCUCUCCGAACCUUAUCCUCGUCGAAGCGAUUCGAGGGUUCUUCAAACCUCGUUAACCUCAAAUACCACAUGGGACCUGUUCUCUCUUCUCCGAUCAACAUCUACGUCAUCUGGUACGGCAAGUGGUCACAACCUCACAAGCUUCUCAUCAAGGACUUCCUCCAAUCCAUCUCCGCCGCCAACCACCGCGCCGCACCGUCCCCCUCCGUCGCUGACUGGUGGCGCACUGUCUCCCUCUACACCGACCAAACCGGUGCCAACAUCUCCCGAACCGUCUCUGUCGCCGGCGAAUACUCCGACCUCCGAUACUCCCACGGCACGCACCUCACGCGCCUGUCCGUUCAGCAGGUGAUCGCUAACGCCGUCCGAUCCAAGCCCUUCCCGGUGGACCACCGCAACGGAAUCUACCUGAUCCUCACCGCCGACGACGUGACGAUGGAGGACUACUGCCGCGCCGUUUGCGGGUUCCACUACUUCACGUUCCCGUCGAUGGUGGGGUACACGCUCCCGUACGCGUGGGUGGGGAAUUCGGGAAAACAGUGCCCGGAGGUGUGCGCGUACCCGUUCGCGGUGCCGGGGUACAUGGGAGGAGGUGGACCGGGGCAGCUUUCGCCGCCGAACGGCGACGUCGGGGUGGACGGGAUGGUUAGCGUGAUCGGACACGAGCUGGCGGAGCUGUCGUCGAACCCGCUGGUGAACGCGUGGUACGCCGGCGAAGACCCCACCGCACCCACCGAGAUCGGUGACCUGUGCGAGGGUCUGUACGGAACAGGUGGAGGAGGCGGUUACAUUGGUCAAGUUUUGAAGGACAGAGAUGGAAAUACAUUUAACCUCAAUGGCAUUCGAGGUAGGAAGUUCUUGGUACAAUGGAUUUGGAGCCCUGUUUUGAAGGCUUGUUCUGGUCCCAAUGCUUUGGAUUGAGCCAUUUUUUUUUUUUUUUUAUUUUUAUUUUCUCUUCUACAUUUACAUUUACAUUUACAUUACAUGCUUCUUCUAGCUAGCUAGUAGCUAGUACUGUUACUACUAUAAUAUAUUGUUGUAUAAUAUGAUUAUGUAACGAUGCUUUUUUA